UUUGCAUUAAUAUAUGUUUUUUAUAUCCAAAUAUUAAAUUUAGUUUUAUUUGCUUUUUAUUUUUGCAUUUUGGACAUGAAUUCAACACAGAAAAAAUGUACGCUCCUGCAGUAAGUUGACACCACAAUUGUAAAAACAGUUAUUGUGUAAAAUUUUGGAAAACUUUGAAUUAUUUUUUUUUUACAUUUCUUAACAUUCUCUCCAAAAAGUGUGUGAUGUCAAUACAUAUUGCGGCAGAAGCCCUACCUCCCCAACCCACGCCAGCACUCCCACCCCAACCGCCAGCCCCACAACCACAGCCGGCUCCUCAUCAACCAAGGCAACGGAGGCGUGCUAGGCCACCAAUUUUCAGAACCCGUGUCAGACUUUUUGGGAUGCCAGAUGAUGUGGUGGUGCGUAGAUACCGGCUGCCACCACAUCUAAUCCUAGACACUCUCUCCAUAAUAGAGAGUGAUCUGGAGUCUGAAAUUCGGUAUCCUACAGCAAUACCACCAUUGACACAAUUCCUUGCAGUGUUACAUUUUUUGGCCACAGGAUCAUUCCAGCAUGUGGUUGGAGACCUGGUUGGCAUGUCGCAGGGCCAGUUCAGUAAGGUCCUGCGACGUGUCUGCCAGGCUUUCCUCAAGCGUGUUAAGCAAUUUAUUGCUAUGCCUUUGGAUGUUGGUGCCCUAGAUGUGGUGAAGCGGCAAUUUGCGGAAGGUGGUAGUCGCUUCCCACAUGUUAUUGGGGUUGUGGAUGGCACACAUGUAGCUAUUCAGCCACCAAAACAUAAUGAAGAAAUUUAUAGAAACAGGAAACUGUUUCAUUCUCUGAAUGUAAUGGUUGUUUGUGGGCCAUCCCUCCAGAUCCUUUCCCUGAACGCAAAGUUUACUGGAAGUUCCCAUGAUGCGUAUGUCAUUAGACAAUCAGGGAUAUGGCAGAGAUUAAGAUCAAGUCAACGACCAGACAUGUGGUUAUUGGGAGACCGUGGAUAUCCUUGCACCCCCUGGCUCAUGACUCCUUACCGUAAUCCCAGGCCAGGACCACAGAUGGCAUUUAACUCCGCGCUUACUGCCACUAGGCAGCUGGUGGAGCGCACAAUUGGUGUCCUGAAAGGGCGGUUUCGUGUGCUCCACCGCACUGGUGGCGACAUCAUGUAUUCGCCGGAGAUGGCAAGUAAAAUAGUGGUCCUGUGCGCAAUACUCCAUAAUAUCGCGGUAAGGAGUAGUGUAGAGCUUCCUCAGGCAGAGGAAUUGCCUGAUGAGGAGCCAGGGGUUGUGCCACGCUUCGGUGGGGGGAGUGUGACACGGAGGGGGAGCCAAGUGAGGGCAAGAAUUGUAGCAGAAUAUUUCAGCUGAAUGAUCACACGAACUGUGGACAACAACAACGGCAAAACUCCCCACCCCCUUCCCCUUCUCACUCCCCCUCCCCUUCUCACUCCCCCUCCCCUUCUCACUCCCCCUCCCCUUCUCACUCCCCCUCCCCUUCUCACUCCCCCUCAGCUUCCCAGUCCCCCUCAGCUUCCCAGUCCCCCUCAUCUUCCCAGGCCCCAUCAGCUUCCCUGGCCCACUCCACUUUACAUUCCCCUUCUCACCACACCUCUCCAUCUCUUUCUGGGACCCCUUCUCCUCCUUCCCAUACCCCUUCUCCUUCAAAAUCAACAUCACAAUCUGAACCACCCUCACCCUCUAUUGCUUUAACUUUUUCUCCGCCCCCCUCGCCCUCUCAAUCAGACCCCCCCUCUGAAAUUGCGGACCAAAUCCAGCCUCCUUCCCCCAUCCAGCCUCCUUCCCCAAUCCCUCCUCCUUCCCCAAUCCCUCCUCCUUCCCCAAUCCCUCCUCCUUCCCCCAUCCAGCCGCCUUCCCCCAUCCAGCCAACAUCCCCACCAAGUGAAUGGGCAGAGGAAGCCCCUGCCGAACGUUCCGGGAGUCUGGAUGUUGCCGUGGAAAAUGUUGCAGUUGGAGAUCCCACAAGUUUUUCAGGGAUACUUUACACCAUGCGCCAACACCUGCAAGGAAUGAUGGAUUGUGUGGACCAUUUGCAAAAAUUUGCUU